AAAACUAUAUUGGGACUAUUGUAUAUAGUAACGCAGAUGAUCGUCCCCAGUCAGCAGGUUACUCGAGUAGAGUCGAAUACAUCACUGAUAAAACAAAAAAAACCCCAGAAACUCUUGGAUGAAAUGUGAUUUAAGAAUCAAUGAUCUACAGAAGACAGACAGUGGAUAUUACGGCUUUAGAUUCAUUGGCUUAGACAACUACAAGUACAUGAGCACACCUAUGAGUCUCACAGUUACAGACAAUCCUUGUAAGGUGAAGAUUGAUUCAUCAGAGAUUAAGUAUUCAGUCAAAGAGUCAGAUGAAUUUACUGUUCGCUGUUCAACCUCUGUUUCCUGCUCAUCUCAUCCUGAGUGGAUUCUCCAUAAACCAGGAAGAAAUCCAGAAAGAGUGACGUCAUUAAAUAAUAGAUACACACAGGAUAAAGAGGAAAAAGAAGGCAAAAAGAUCACCAGACUGAAAUUCAAUCCAACGUAUAAAGAUGACAACAUGAUCUUGUCUUGUCGUCCAGAAGAAAGUCAGGACAGCUGCCUCACUAGAAAUAUCACUCUGUCUGUUGAAUAUGCACCAAAGGAAGUAAAAGCAACAGUGAGCUCUGAUAAUGUGAAGGAAGGAGAUUCUGUUACUCUCUCCUGCACCUCUAGAGGUCGCCCUGAUGCCACCAUCUCAUGGUUUAAACAAGGGAGCGAAAAAUCACAAUUGGCUGAGUGGAGACUAGUUAAUGUUAAACAAGGAGACAGUGGACAAUACUACUGCAAAGCUGAAAACAAGCACGGAAAUGUAAAAUCAAAUAUAAUUUCUUUCAAUGUUAAGUAUGGUCCAAAAGAGGUCAGUGUGACACCUGCUGUUAACAUCAAUGAUCUCAGAGAGGGAGAUGAGCUGAAACUGAAGUGUUCAGCAGUAGUCAGUAAUCCACCAGUCAAAUGGUUUUAUUGGUACUUGAAUAAUUCCCAGUUAAGGCAACAAACCAGUCAGACAUUAACCAUCAGUCGAGUUACACCAGAACACAAGGGCUCAUAUUACUGCGAAGCAUACAAUGGAAUAAAUACAGCAAAAUCUAAUGAAGUUCAGGUAUCUGUAAAGUAUCCCCCUUCUACACCUGAGUUGACCAUGAAGAAUGAAGUGAGAGAAUAUGAUGUGAUCUCAAUAAUCUGCAAAGUGCAAAGUUUUCCUGCAUCAGAGCUGACAGUGACCGGACCCUCUGAUCUCACAAAUAUUCAGACGAGUCGAAUGAACAGCACUAAAUCUGAAAACAUGAUACAAAUCUACCUGAAUAUAACUGAGUCAGAUGCAGGUGUGUUCAGGUGCACGGCAAAAAAUUCAGAGGGAACAAAAUACACUGAAAUAAAGCUGCAGGUGUUACAUGCACCUAAAAAUGUUAUCGUGAGAUCUGAUGGGGAUCAGAUGAUAGGACACAAGCUGACUCUUGCAUGUAACUCUCGAUCUAAUCCAACAUCAUCCUCUUAUGAGUGGAAGAAACUCAUCAAUGGAGAAUUAAAGACGGUUGGGAAAUCACAGGAACUUCAACUUCACCAAAUGCUUCAUUCCCCAAAUAUUAAUAUCUUUAAUAAUGUGACAACUCAGAGGAAUUGGGAGCAUCCAGUCUAUCUGAUGUGUAGUGCUGAUGCUCAUCCUCCUCCGAAAGAUUUCAAAUGCUACAGAUUGGAGAAUAAAACAAUCUUGUCAAACCAUCAAAACUUCACCGUUCUACCUCAGAACCCAGGAAUGUACUACUGCACCGCAACCAAUGAUAUUGGGACCUCACAAUCUGAACACAUCACGCUAUUUUACCACAGUUUUGACACUUUGGACUUUUCAAUGAUUAUGUCAUUUUUGACGGGAAUGACGAUGUCUGCAGUCAUCUUCUCUGUGGUUUUGUGUUGUCAGGAGUCAUACAAAAGAAAAAACUGGCAUGAAAUGAUGGAUCCAAACGUAGAAACGACAGUUAUUUGGGAGGUUUUUCAUGACGAAGUGCAACCUCAGUAUUAGCAAAAUUGUUAAAAAACUAUCUGUAUCUGCUGAGCUGUUGCACAGAGCAAUUCACAUUUAACACUUUAUUUACCAGCACCUUCUGCUUAGUACACUGUCAUAUAAAUAAAUAAAGGGAAAAAAUGGUCCCAAGUUAUCAGGGAAUUGAAAAGAUCCUAAUACGCAUCAUUUAGGUACAGAUAUAUAGUACCAAUAUGUACCUCUGAGGUAGGUUACUAAAUAUGAACUAUAUAGUACUGUAGGUGGAAAGGUGUACUUUUUGAAAGGGUAACGCCCCAGUGCCACCUAUAGGGACAUUUUUUUGACCGUUUUUUCUGACAUUGUGAAACAGGAACAAAAUAACCAAUGCUGUUGCAUAUGUAAAUAAAUAAAUGUAAAUAAAAUUAUAUUAAUUAAUAUUUAUCCUUAACAUAAAGCACCCAAGGGCAUGCCAUUUCAUAAAUAUAAUAUAGUCAUGGCUAAAGGGGUUGCAGGCAUGACUUUCAGAUGCAUUAACAAUGUAGCAAAGCCUCUUGUAUGCUGCCUUGCUGCUUACUGUAAAUAUUAAUGUUACUGUUACUGUAGCUUAACUGUUAAAACAUUAUGUAUUAACAAACAUUGUAUGCUGAAUGUAUCAUUUUAA